AGUGAAAUACCCUUAGUGCGCAUGUGUUCGUGUGCGUCACCAGUUGAAACGAAAACAAAAACAACAACAAUAACAACAAGCAACCGUGCAAUAAAGUAAAGAAAUUUAUUUCGAAAAACAAUUCGUCAGCAAAAAAUUGUAGAUCUCGGAUCGAGAAACAGCUGGAGAAUUCCAGCAUCUAGUGGGUGUUUGCCCCAGCGCUGCCAGCUGUGUGAAAUCAAACUGUUUUCUGGAUAGUAACAUAUUCGUUUCUCGUAAUAUCCCAGUACCUCUCGAAAUGGAGGCGACGCUCAGCUCGGGCGGAUCAUCGAAUGCCUCCAGCGAGUGCGCCAUGGAUGGCGGGACGAACCGAUGUCGCGUCCUGGAGCCCAACAAUGGCACCUGCACCCUCAGCCAGGAGGUAAAGGAUCUCUACAGAUCCCUCUACACCGCCUCCAAGCAACUGGACGACGCCAAGAAGAAUGUCCAGACGGUGGGACAGCUGUUCCAGCACGAAAUCGAGGAGAAGCGCUCGCUGCUGGUGCAGCUGUGCAAGCAGAUCAUCUUCAAGGACUACCAGUCGGUGGGCAAGAAGGUGCGCGAGGUGAUGUGGCGACGUGGCUACUACGAGUUCAUCGCCUUCGUCAAGAAGAGCUGGCACAAGCAGGGCCAGGAUGCGGCCACCGCCCAGGAGAACAUGCAGAAGCUGGAGCGGUUCCUGUGCGCCGGUAUCUUCAACUACAAGCGGCUCUCGGCCCGCAUGGAGGAGAUUUACGACCUGGACCUUAAGUAUUUGAUUGAUUUCUCCAUCAUUAGUGAUGGCUACAUAAGUGACAUGAUCGGUGAGACCAAGGAGAUGUCGCAUACGGGCACUCAGGCCGUGGACAAGAGCCUGGAGGCGGUGUCCUUUGCCCUCGACACCAUACACUCGUCGCUGCUCAGCCUGGGCGAUCUGCACCGCUAUUUCCUCGACUUUCGCAUCGACAGCAAGCUGAGUAUCAGCAAGGAGCAGGUGGCCAAGUAUUAUCUGGAGGCCUUUAAGCUCAAUCCGGCCAUUGGCAUGGCCCAGAAUCAGUUGGGAACGCUGUACUACGGCCAGAAUCAUGACUUGGACUCUACUUACCAUUACUUAUACUCUCUCGUGUGCAUCAUACCUUUCGAACUGAGCGAGAAUAAUCUAAACAAGCUGUUUGCCAAGCACACCGAAUAUCUGGAGCAAAUGGAUCCCGAGAAGCUGGACUUCAGCAUCGAAGACUUCUUCGCCCGAUUCUAUCUGAUAGUGGAUAUUUUCUUCUUCGACAAGGAGGUGCCGGACUUCAACGCCCUAUGCCACUGCGUGCUGAUUGAUCUUCGCAAGAUCCUUUGCUCUCAGCAGCUGCGUGUACCAGAGCCUAGCAUCUUCAAAAUCGUCUCCAUUCUAUUCUUCUGUCUGUCCAAGCUAAAGAUGAUCAACUCACCAAAGGUGUACUCGUUGCACGCCUUUCUGGUGGCAGCCUGCUCGGAUCUGAUGGACGCCUGUAUCGUCAGCAUCGAGCAGACCAUUCUGGCUCGCGCCCAGGACAACGAACGAUUCCAGGCAGAGUACGAGAACCGUUUCCAGGAGUUCGACACGGUGGUGCGCAAGUCUCGGAAUGAGUACAAGAACUGGCUGGCAGCAGUUGGCGAAUGUGAGCGAAAGGACAAGAAGGUGAUUCCGCGUCCGCAUUCCCUCAAGGACUUCAGCUCUGGUUCCCGUGACAGCCAGCACUCCGGCGAGGAGGCGAAGACCCAAGAGGUGGCUGACGUCGACAAAAUCGGGGAGGCGGUCUCUACGCGCUCCAGCGAUGAGGCCAAGGAGUCGGACCUGAAGACCCCACUCUCCUGCAAGAGCAAGCGCCGAGGAAUGCGACUGCGCAGAAGACGACGCAAGAUCGCCCAGUCGGACGACAGCUCCUGCUAUGACAGCGAGAGCGAACUGGACACUGACUUCUACAGCGACGAGGAGGACUACACAGAUCUCAGCUCAAACUUCGACACCGACUUCAGUGACAUCGAUGCAGCUGAUCCUGGCGAGCCAUGCGGCGAGGAGCACUAUGAAGCAGCUUCUUACAACAAGAAGGAGCGCAAAUCUGGCGGCGGUGGAGGAAUCGGCCUAGUGUACUCCGACAACGAAGACGUCGUCAUUGAGGAGGAGAAAAUCGUGUAUCCCGAGGAGGCAGAGCGUAGAUCCAACUCACAGGAGGCGGACUCCGAGGAGCUGCUUCGUAGCUUCGAGGUUCUGCAGCUGAACUUUAAGAGCGCUGAGGAGGCCCAGACCAAGCCAGUGGAGGGCGUGCAGAUUGCCCCGCCGCCUGUCAGCUUCUCAGAGCCGCCCAAGAAGUUGGUGUAUCGCAACAAGUACACCAAGAUCAAUCCCAACAUAAUCAUCGACUGUUUGCACAAUGAACCCACCAUCAGAGCCCUGAAAAUGCUCUUUGACUGGCUUCGCAUAAACCCGGAGAUUCUCAUCGGCUGCUACCACUCAAAUCCGGAGUUUGUCCACAAGAUAAUGAAGCUACUCAACUACUGCAACAUUGACGUCUUCACCAGGAAGGUUUACUUUGAGCGCGAGCUCCUGACCACCGCCAAUGUGCGUGACUCCUUGGUCGAGUUAUUUGAUGUGCGGGCCAAUGUUCCUCUCACCGAGGACUUCGCUUUCAAGAAUUUUGACAUCUUCCAGAGCACCCAGAUCACUCUGGACUGGGAAACUAUUAUCCGGGAGCGCGUUACUCCCCAGGAAGAGUCCAUACUCCGUAUAUUCAAAAUGGUCGACUUUGGCUUUUUUAUUUGCAAACAGAAGAAGUUCAACUAUAGAUUCUGCGUCAAGACACGUCGUUUCACCGAGACCCAGAAGAAGAAACAGCGCGAGGAGAAAAAGGGUGGCGGAUCCCGUCGCCGCGAGCGUCGUACCGCUCCAAAAACCAACAGAACAAAGCGUAACGAAGGACGCACCCGUCGCUACUCAGAUCGCAAGAACGGCAUCGUCCGCAAGAGCUACACCAGCAACGAGGAAAAGGAUACCGUGGAGGAGUGCCGUAAGGUUCCGCGCAAGGGUUACCUACGGAAUCGUAAUGCCGAGAAGGCGGCUGCGGUCAUAGCCAGUGCCACAGGAACCUCUGUAGCCGGCGGAACGUCCGCCUCCACAACCACAAACAGCGUCAUUGAGAAACUAAAUGUACAAUCCAGCUCGGGGGCCGAUGAGGAGCGCUCGGAGGCCAAGUCGAAGAAGUGUGAGCUUAUGGGCAAACUCUGGCUGCAGAACGAGGUGGAGACUUUGGAGGAGGAGCUGCGGGACAGUCCCGCACACGUGGUGAUGUCCCCAUUCGUUGUGGUCGAUUCGAAGGCAUUGACCGAAUACAAUGGCAUAGUCAAGUCGUUGGUGAGGACCAAGAAGUGCAUUGUCCUCAUCCCCAAUGCAGUGCUCAAUGAGCUGGAUGACUUGAAGAAACGCAGCGAGAACGUUCGCCAUGUCAUCCGUUGGCUGGAACAGGAGUUUAAGCAGGGAAAUAGGCACUUGCGUGCCCAGCGCGAUAACGAGAGCCAGCCGCUCUCCCUUCUGAAGAUAUCACGCAAGAUGGAUCGUGACGCCUCGGUUUUCCUUCAAAUUGCCCAGUUCUGCAAUCACCUGGUGGCCAACCAUGCCGAUCCGCACGUAAGCGAGCUGCAGAAGAGCGUGGUCACGUACUUGUCCGGCGAUAAUCUGCACGAGAAGAACCGCCAGCAGCAGAACUUCAGCUACACCGGCAUCCUGGACUCGAUACCCGUCCGCUAUGCCCAGAUCCAGAGCUUCUACUCCAAAUUCAAGGCCCACAAAAAAUGAACGGGUCCAAGCGGAGUGGCAACGGUAGCGGGCGCUAGAGCGGCAAAGGCAACUGCAGACCAGAUGCAAUGCAAGCUAAAAAAAAGGGUGCGAGCGUGUUCUCUCUGUACAAUCACAAAUCGACAUGGAGUUCCAAAGUUAACGAAAGCCGUGGACGACGGCAAAACCAAACCAGCAAUCGCUGCUGCAGCCUCGGUUGUGGCCGUGUUUCCCCAAAAAAAAACUGAAACUGUUACCAUCAGCGGGAGCAUGAUUCCCCAGCCCAGCCCAUGCAGCAACAGCAUUGCGAGGAAUUUGCUUGUUGUGUUUAGACCAAACUGAAACAAAAUACCAAUCAAAAUCGUUCACUUUCAACUCGAUGGCUAAAAUGAUGACGACCUCCCAGCUAGUGUUAAAUGGACAAAUGGCAAACACAAUACCUACAAAAGAAAAUGUUAUGGAAAAAAAUCUACAAGAAAAAAAAAACAAACAAUUUUUCAAGAUAACAGCACGCGAGGCCUGAGCGGUUCACGGACAGGAGACCUUCGUGGAGCAGCUAGGAGAAGGGAGAGCGGAAUGACGGCGACCAGGACGGACAGACAUUAUAAUCCGUUUUAUGCUUGAUGUACCAAUCCGUAUUCAAGAAUUCGCCUUUCCUGCGGCGAGCUGGACCAAGGAUCCAAAAUCCGCUCGAUCUUUUCUGCAGUUGUGUUUCGUUCUCGGUUUGGCAGACAGAGUAAAUUUAAAUUUUCACGCUUCCGACUAGGCAAUCUGCGUGAUCUUCUCUACAACAAAAAACAUGGUAUAUAUAUAUAUUAACUUACAUUUAAAUGCAGUCUUAACUAAAGUCUCUCUUGUGGGACACACAUUGCAAUUUCCCGUAAAGAAUAAAGGAAAUAUGCCGCACAUAUGUAAACAAAAUUCUACAUCAUUUUAAAUGUUUCCAAAAUUGAAAGCUUGUUAGAUUUUGUUUGAUAAAUAAAGCGCCCGACCACAAA